AUGGAGUUUUCAAAUAUUCAAUCAAAUAAAUCUAAACAAUUCAUCGCAAUAAUCAUAUUGUCAUUGUUCUUACACGUUACGUUUUGCGAUAUUCAAUAUAUUAACAAUAUUAAAGAUGAUUUUGAAAAUGAUUUAAUAUUUGAAGAAUCUAAUUCAAAUCAAGACGGAAUGAUUUUAUUACGAUUUUCUAAAAGAAACGAUAAUAAUAUAUAUUUAAAAAUUAUUCUCGUAAGUAGGUCAAUUCUUUCUAUUACAGUUGUUAAUAAAUCAUUUCUUAGUUCAAAGAUGAUGAAUGCAACUAUUUUAAAUGAAGAAUAUAUUUUGAUAUUGUAUGCGACACAAAAUGAUACAUUUGAUACAUUUGAUACAUUUGGGUUGGUUUCGUCAUGGAACGGAGAUAUAAUUGACAUUAUCGAUUUUGGAAUUGUGUGGGAUAAUACUAGGCCAAAAAGUAAUGUACCGAAAACAAACCUGCCAUUUGGCCUAUUUAUUCAUGAAGACGUAUUCGCGUUUGCUGGCGUCAGAGGGAAUGAUGUUAUUUGGAAAAGGUUUAAACUUCCGAAUAAAUCAUAUUCUAACAAUAGAAAUGUAACUCUUAUAACCGAAGGGAGUAUUUUGAAUCCGUUAUCUAAUAGUACAUUUUAUCCUUCCAAUGUGAAAUAUUUUCAACUUAUCGAUGGCGGAUUUGGGAUAGCUAUAAGUUAUCGUCAUGGAAUAGAUAAAUUCAAUGUCGAUGAAGUUUAUGUAAACCUUUUGGAACCUAAUGCAACUGAACCGUUAGGACCUUAUUUAUUACAUCAUGCAUUCAAAUUCAAAGACUAUAAAUUGCCAAUUCUGAUUGAUGAUUGCAUUAUUAACUUUGAUGGCACCGGAUAUACAUGUACAAUUUAUGAUCAUUCAGAAAGUUCCCAAAUUCGUUUUCUAUCAAAUGGCGCAGUUACUUCUGUUGGUUACACCAAUAUAGACGUUUAUCAAUAUUAUUAUGGAAAAUUUUUUUUUCCCAAUUUUUAUGGCGGAUAUGUCGGCUUUGUCCUCAACAACACUAAUAAUAAGAUUGAUUUUUAUGAUAUUGAUCAUAAUUAUGAGGUCAAUACUACUAGUACAAAAAAUAAAUAUAUUAAUAGUUUAGAUAAUGUAACACAUAUAAAUAUAAAUUUAAUUCAAAAACAAAAUGUUUUUUGGACUUUACGGGUAUUUAAUUAUUAUUUUACGAUCGAUUACUUUUCUUUAAAUACUAUUGAUUCAUCCGAUUAUCGUUACAUGAUUCAAAAUCCAAAUGUAAACAAUACGUCACCGAGUAUCAAUGAAACUAUUUAUUUACCAAAUGAUAAUUUACAAUUGAAGAUAUUUUACAAUAUUCCUAUAAUUAUAUCAACCGGAAAUUUGACGAUAUAUCAAUAUGAUGAGGAGGACAACUUGUCUCUAAGACAGAUAAUUUCUGGACAAAAUUUUUAUGAUGAUUGCGAAGUGCAAAACGAUACGGUGUUAAUCAACAUUUUACCUAGCACAUUUCACAAAGGCAAUGCUAAUUUUAGUGUUCGGGUUGAUAAUAAUUUUGUCAAGUCUCGAAAAACACAAGAACCUUUACUCGGAAUUUCUGAAAAGAUAUGGAGAUUUUCAACUCAAUUGAAAGAACAAGAUCAACCAUCAGAUCAAUUAAUCCUUUCCAUUAAAUUAAAAUUUAAUGAUGAAAUGCCUGGAUAUUAUGAUGAAGUAAAUUCUCAAAACACUUAUAUAUUUGGUCAACUUCAAAAUGAAUUAUCUAAAAUAAUACCUAUAAAUUCACAAAGAUUAGAAAUUAAUCAUAUUCAAAAUUUAAAUGCUGAUCGGAAAGAUCAGAAACAGGUUUUAUUAUCCAUCGCUGUUAAUAAACCAAAUAAUUAUAGUACGGAACGAAAUACUGAAUCAGUAAAGAAAGAUUUGGAUGAAUUAAUUAAAAAUAUGGAUUUUAAUCUUAUAUCUCAAGGAAAUAUUACGAGAUUUAUAGAUAAAGGUUAUGGAGCUCAACCAACUCGUAAGUAUAUUAAUUUUAAAUAA